AUGGAGUCGAUACCACGACCAAAGGGUUUGCCCAUAAUUGGUACAAAACUAGAUUUGAUCAAGGGUGGAUUGGGCACGAAGUUACAUGAAUUUAUUGACGCGCGACACCGGCAUCUAGGUAAUAUAUUCAUUGAAAACUUUGGAACAACUGAUUUGAUAUUCGUAAGUGAUGCCGAUUUAAUACGCACACUUUUCAUAAGCCUCGAAGGAAAAUAUCCAUCACAUAUUCUACCUGACCCGUGGCUUCUAUAUGAAAAACUUUACGGACAAAAAAGAGGUCUGCUUUUUAUGGAUGGCGAGGAAUGGUUGCAGAAUCGACGAAUAAUGAAUAAACUUUUGCUUAGAGAAGGAGCUGAGAGUUGUAUUAAAAAUUCUGUGGCACAAACAAUUCAAACCUUUAUUCAAACUUGUGCAGAAAAAUCCGAAAACGAAAUUAUAUUUAAAGAUAUUGCGUCGAACUUGUAUAAACUUUCAACAGAAGUCCUCAUACAAGUUCUAAUAGGAAAUACAGACCCACUAAAAGGGAACCACUAUGAUGAGCUACUUCAAAUAUUCACGGAAUCAGUAAAAAAAAUAUUUCAAACAACAACAAAGUUAUAUGGCCUUCCCAUUACUUGGUGUCAACGCCUUAACUUAAAAGUGUGGAGAGAUUUUAAAGAAGCAGUUGACGUAUCCCUGUUAUUAGGAAACAAGCUCGUUAACGAAAUGCUAGCACUAAAGAGAAGUGAAGAUGGUCUCAUGUCGAAGAUGAUAAAAGAAAAUAUGAACGAUCAAACUAUUUCAAGAAUUGUUGUAGAUUUCAUAAUCGCUGCAGGAGACACGACUGCUUACACGUCGCUGUGGAUUCUUUACCUUUUGUCGAGAAAUACUCAAGAGAUAAAUGCAAUACGUAUCAACGGACAAACAUAUAUUCCGUUUGUAAUUAAGGAAGCUAUGCGACUUUACCCUGUAGCUCCAUUUUUGACUCGUAUACUGCCUCAGGAUGGUAUUUUAGGACAGUAUAAUGUCAAAAAAGCGAAAAGACAUUUAUCACUAGAAUCGGUGGUCAAGUGGCAACAGGAGACUUACAUGAGUAUAUCGAAUAGCACCUUAGUAAAUUUUAUGCAAGAUGGUUUGCUUCAAAUUCAUGAAGUCAGCGGUUUAAAUUGGUGGUGUACAAUUGUCUCUUCAACUAUACUUAUCAGGGCAUGCAUGACACUACCUCUGACUGUCUAUCAAAACUAUAUAUUGGCUAAAGUUGAAAAUAUAGGCUUAGAGCUAAAAGACCUUGUCAAUGAAUUAAAAAAAGAAACUUCUAUAGCUAGGAAAGUGUACAGUCUAAAUGAUAAACAAACAGUAUUAUUGUAUAAGAGAUCUUUAAAGAAACAAUGGAGACAACUUAUAGAGAGGGAUAACUGCCAUCCACUGAAAGCUACAUUAGUAAUUUGGUUUCAAAUACCCCUCUGGGUUUGCAUGUCCUUUGCAAUAAGAAAUCUAGUAAACAUGCACCCACCUCAUCCAUCUGCUAUGGUGACUUUCAUGGAACUAUCAACUGGUGGUUUUGGCUGGAUUCCUAAUCUAAUUGAACCGGAUCAUUCUUUUAUUCUUCCAGUAGCAUUUGGUUUGACAAACCUAGCUAUAAUUGAAAUACAAAGAAUGUCCAAGCUAAGAGAGCCAUCACGAGUGUACAACAUAUUUACUAAUGUUUUUAGAGGAUUCUCCAUUGUAAUGAUACCAAUUGCCGCUAAUGUGCCUUCAUGCCUUUGCCUAUAUUGGGUUACAUCUAGUGCUUUUGGUCUAAUUCAAAACUUAUGUCUUCUUUCCCCCUCAUUGAGAAGGAAACUAAGGAUACCCUUGGCCCCAAGUGAACUUGAAAAUCCUUAUACACCUAUAAUAGCUUCCAUUUAUACAUCAGGCAGAGAGCAGAAAUAUUUCAGUGAACCGGAAUCAUUUUUACCUUAUCGCUGGGAUAGACACGACGAGAGGAAAAAAGGUCUUAGCAAUCAUGUCUCGUAUGCUUCAUUGCCGUUUGCUCUCGGUGCUAGAUCUUGUGUGGGAAGAAAAAUUGCCAUGGUUCAAAUGACAGAGCUUAUUUGGCAGGUUGUGGACAGUUUUGAUUUAGUGUGCUUGAAUGGUGAUAGUAUAACACCAAUUACUUCUCAAGCUCUAAUUCCAAAUAAGAAAAUUGAAAUUCACUUCAAGAAACGUGUAUAA